AUGCCCAAAGACAAGAAACGCAAGAGAACUCUUGGUGAUAGCAAAUCUGACCAGCCUCAGCAAGUUGACACGUCAAAGCCCACUGCCAUCUUCCGUCCAGCUGGAGGCCGUGCACAUACUCUGAGUGUCGCUCUUCCUGGCAGUAUCAUUGCAAAUGCAAAGUCUCAUGACCAGAAAACUUAUUUGGCUGGGCAAGUCGCAAGAGCGCUUGCUGUCUUCUGUGUCGACGAGGUUGUUGUAUUCGACGAUGAAGACAAAUCCACCCAGGAAUCACGUCCUGAUAUAGGUGAGAAUGAAUACACUGCCUUUUCUCACCCUUGCCACUUUCUGGCUCACCUGCUCUCUUACCUUGAGACCCCUCCUCAUCUGCGCAAAACCGUAUUUCCUAUGCAUCCCAAUCUACGUACUGCCGGCACUUUACCAAGUCUUGAUAUGCCCCAUCAUCUACGCGCCAACGAGUGGUGUGAAUACAGGGAAGGCGUUGCCUUGAACUCGGAUGCAAAUGGAACCUUGGUAGAUGUUGGGCUCUCUGAACCUCAACUGGUUCAGGGCGCCGAAAUACCACAAGGCACUCGCGUCACUCUUCACCUGGAUGAUUCAUCUUCAACUGGAGCAGAAGCUGUCGCACCUAGCACACCGAGAGAGAAGACAGGCUACUACUGGGGGUUUAAUGUUCGCUCAUGCAAUAGCCUGUCCAACGUGUUUACCGAAUGUCCAUUUAAUGGUGGCUACGACGUAUCAUUCGGCACUUCAGAGAGAGGCGACGCCCUGUCUACUAUUCUUGCCCGACCAAGUCUUAGCCAAUCUGAGUCUCGCAACUAUCAACAUGCUCUGGUGGUCUUUGGAGGGGUCGCUGGUCUCGAAGUUGCUGGCAAAAAUGAUGCCGACUUGAGCCAAAUGGGGGUAUCUGGAAUGAACGUACACGAGCUAUUCGACCACUGGGUCAAUGUACUUCCUAAUCAGGGCAGUCGAACCAUAAGAACUGAAGAGGCUGUUUGGCUAGGGCUUAUGGGAUUGAGAGGUUUUAUGGAGAAUAUCGGUGGCUGA